UUUAUGACAAACUCUACAAAAUCAGUACCAAAGAAGAGAUCUUUUGAUGAGACAGGCAACGCUAUCGUUAUUGGAGAUAGUUCCGUCGGGAAGACAAGUAUUUUGUUAAAGUUCUCAGAAAAUUAUCAUUCUUUGAGCCACAUCCCCACUAUGGGGAUAGAUUUUAAGACAAAGUAUAUGACAGUCAAAGACAAGAUUGGCAAGGAUACUAUGGUCAGACUUACAACUUGGGACACAGCUGGACAAGAGAGAUUCAGAACAAUCACACAAUCAUUUUAUAAUAAGGCUGAGGCUAUUCUUUUGGUAUAUGACUGCACUGAGAGAUCUACCUUCGAGACCAUUGAGAAUUGGCUUAAGUCUAUUGAGGUUCAUGCUCCUAAAGAAAGUUUUGUGAUUCUUGUAGCUAAUAAGAUAGAUUCUGACAAAAGAGAAGUAACUUCAGAAGAAGGAGAAGAAUUUGCUCGCGAAAAUGGCCUCCCUUACUUUGAAACUUCUGCUAAAACCGGUGAACAGAUCGAUGAACUAUUCGAGUUCUGUACAAAACAGAUACUUUGGAACAAAUCUGGGCAGACCAGUUCCCCAAAAAGACCAUAUCCUAGGCCAAUUACGAUCACGUCAGACUCAGAGUUCCAACCUCCCUCCAGGAGUUCUUGUUUUGUCUCCAGGGCUUUCAAAAAACUUUUUGGAAACUAA